AUGGCUACUCCAGUUGUUCGUGUGGGUGUCGCAACCAACAAGUUGAUCUUUGGGACAAGAAAGGCCUCUCACGGAAAUGGAACGAUACAAUUUUCGGGCGGUCAUCUGGAGGUAGGCGAGUCGUGGUUCGCUUGCGCUGAAAGAGAAACGCUAGAGGAGACUGGAUUGCUAGUUAGGGCCAAGAAGUUGCUGGCCACAACCAACGAUGUGUUUGACGAGGAGAAGAAGCAUUACAUCACUUUGUUCAUACUCUGCGAGAGAACCGAUGACCAGGAACCGGCUCCUGAGAAAUGCGCAGGGUGGUUCUGGAAGAGUUGGUCUGACGUCAAGGCGCUGAUAAGUGGGGAUACCAGUGGAAGUGGGAGCGGUCAACAAGGGGAGCAAAAGUUUUUUCUGCCCAUAUUGAAUUUGCUCAGGGAUCAUCCUGAUAUCGAGAGCCUGAUGUAG